AUGAUGUCUAAGAAGGGAUCCGCGCCUCCCUUAUGCCGAGGCAGUCAGACGGUGAGGCGAAAGCCACGAAGAAGUGCUUCCUUCACCGCCUGCUUUCCCAUAAGAAAAAGCAUUCGUCAGUGGGAACGGGAAGACUUAUUGGAACGCAUUCAGCGAAACUCUAACCGUCGAUGUUUUACCCUUCCUCCCAUUUACUCACGCAACACGGAUGCUAUCAACUCAAACGAUGUUCCUUCGAACUCCGCUGCCAUUGCUACGGUGCGCGAAACCGAUGUACCCCUUCGUACGCGGAAUUUUCCUCUCCAAAUGCAACUUGGUCGACGUCGGACCCGGAAACAGGCUGAAACUAAGCAAAGCUUCUUACGUGCAGCCCGAUCAGGAAAUAUUGGGAAGAUAGCCGAGUACCUCAAUUCAAAUGUUGAUAUCAAUGCCGUCAGUUCGAAUGGACUGAACGCACUACACCUGGCCUCAAAGGAGGGCCACUUGCCAAUUGUCCGUUUGUUAUUGGACCAUCAUGCAAUAAUUGAUGCCAAGACGAAUCGGGGGAACACCGCCCUCCACAUCGCUAGCCUUGCAGGACGAAGCGAAGUUAUUCGGCUUCUCGUCGAACGAGGUGCCGAUGUCAAUGCCAAGUCUCAGAAUGGAUUUACACCGCUGUAUAUGGCUGCUCAAGAAAAUCACGUAGACAUAGUCGAAUACCUCCUGAACAACGGCGCAGAUCAGGCCUUAGCGACUGAUGAUGGCUUCACGCCUUUAGCGGUGGCCCUACAACUCUGUCACGAUGCGGUGGUCUCGCUGCUGUUAGAGCGCGACGCGGGUGGAAAGGGUCGUCUGCCAGCUUUGCAUGUUGCCGCGAAGAAAGACGACGUUCAUGCCGUCUCUCUCCUCUUAGCCAACAACGACGUUAACGUCAAUCAUGCUUCCACACGCGGUUUUACACCUUUGCACAUCGCAGCUCGGUACGGGAAUUUGAAGGUCGCCCGCCUAUUGAUAAACAACGGAGCCGACGUCAACUACUGUGCCAAAGACAGUAUAACACCUCUUCACCUUGCGGCUAAAUGGGGUAAGGCAGAGAUGACCCAGCUGCUGAUCGACAGAGGAGCUCAGUUGGACGCGAGGACGCGGGACGGUCUCACUCCAAUGCACACGGCGGCACGCUCCGGCCACACCAACGUAGUACAGGUCCUCCUCAACGCUGGAGCCAGCAUCACUGCCAAGACAAGGAAUGGUCUUUCUCCACUUCAUAUGGCCGCCCAAAGUGAUCACGCGGACACAGCCAGACUACUUUUGAAAAAGGGAUCACCACCAGAUGAUGUAACAAUGGACUACCUGACACCCCUUCACAUCGCUGCUCACUGCGGUAACAUAAAGGUGGCACAAGUACUUCUGGAUCACCGCUGUGAUCCAAACCUUCGCGCAUUUAAUGGUUUUACUCCUCUUCACGUUGCCUGUAAAAAGAUGAAGAUAAAGAUUGUAGAACUACUUCUCAAAAAAGGCGCCACCGUCGAUGCUACCACUCAGGCUGGUUUGACCCCCUUACAUGCGGCGGCUUUUGUUGGCUGUCCGGAGGCGGCGGCCCUACUUUUGCAACGCGGUGCCAAUGUGAAUCAAGUGACAAUGCGCGGUGAAACGCCUAUUCACUUCGCAGUUCGUGGGCGUCAUAUAGAUACCAUCAAAUUGCUACUCAAACAUUCAGCCUCCGUGAAUGCCAAAGCCAAGGAAAAAGCAACACCUCUGCACAUAGCCCUCCGGUUGAAAGAUGCAGAAAUUGUGAAGUUGCUGAUCGAAGCCGGAGCAGAUGUGAGAUCAGAGUCACGUGGAAAGCACCAGCCCAUCCAUCUAGCUUCAAAGGUCGGCGACAUCGAAAUAAUUCGCCUUCUCUUGGAAAAGGGCGCUCAAGUGAACGCUAGUACCAAGCGAGGCUACACACCUCUCCACAUCGCCACCAAAUACGGAAAUGUUGAUGCAAUGCGAUAUCUCGUAGAUGAGGCUAAAGCAGACGUUAAUGCCGCAGCAAAGAACGGACUCACACCUUUGCAUGUUGGCAUCUACUACGAGUAUCCACAGGCAGUUGAAUAUUUACUAUUUCAUGGUGCGGAAGUGAUGGCCAAGUGCAAAAACGGAUUUACACCACUCCACCUAGCCGCUAAAUCGAAGAUUCCGGAACUUGCUACUCUCUUGCUCAAGGCCAAUGCUCCGACCGACUGUGUGUCCCAAAACGGCUAUUCACCCCUACACCUUGCCGCUCUGGAAGGCGAAUUUGCAGUUGUUCAGACCCUGGUAGACGGUUACUCCGCUCAAGUCAACUGCUCUGCCAUCGACGGUUUGACGCCGCUGCACCUGGCGACGCAGGCAGGACGUGUUGACGUUGCAGAAUUCCUGCUGAUUCAUGGAGCUGAUCAAAAUAUGCAGACGAGAAAUGGCUACACAGCUCUGCACGAGGCUGCUUACAGGGGAAGCGCACCUGUGACUAAGCUGCUGCUCGCCCAUCCGGGGAAAGAGGGUGCAAUCAACAGUCGCACGAUUAUGGGCUGCACGCCCCUCCACUUGGCCGCUCAACAAGGCCACUCACAAAUAGUUGACUUACUUCUGAAUGCAGGCGCUGAUCCAAAAAGUAGAAAUAUGCAAGGCUGGACGGCAGCGCAGGUGGCAAAGCGGCAGCAUUAUCCAAGCAUCUUUGAAAAUCUCUCGAGGGUGACCACCACGGUAUCAGACUGGGACACACCUAGUCUUGAAGGUGCUAGUGCAGAUGGUCUCUCGCAGGGCGACCCAGCCCUCGUCGACGGCUCAAUGGUACUUGACUCGCCUACCCAGAUGCUUGAUCGUGUUACAGCGGUGGAGAGUGAGGAUGAAAAAAAUUUGUGCUUUAUUGGUGACUGUUCUCGAAUUUCUAAACCGUGCCGAUUGAGUCUAUCAGCGAUCUACGACGGCUCCAUCCCUUCUGAGCACUGGGUCAUAUUUGACUUCUAUAUGGGUCUCAUUGUUGUCAUGCAUGCAGGCGAUCAACUUGUCUCUACUCCUGUCAUCAUCCGUCGUCAGCAUCGAGGCCAAAGGAAAGCGUCUGAUGGUGAACUCUCUCUCUUCAAAUCAUCUUCAUACAAUCUGCUCUGCGAACAAAUGGAGUAUACACGUGCGCAUAAAGUUCCCAUUGACGACACGAAACUGCCUGCCACACCUUCGUCAGUUAAAAGGAUAACACAUCCAGGAGGUUUGAGUAACGACACAAGUGAACCAAAAAUUCGAAUCAGUGCUCUUGACAGCACAAUAGAGGAGCCGACUCGUGCCUCUGAGUUAAUGUGUGAUGCCUCUAAUCCGCUUAAGGCCACAUCAACGUUGUCUAUGCGGAAGUCGGACAUUGAGGUGUCGGGCAUGACACCUCGCGGCUCCAGUGAAUGGGAGACUUUUGAGGCUGAGCCGAUUCAGGCCAUUUGCAAACCAGUGAAGGCUGGAUUCCUCGUCUCUUUCCUUGUGGACGCGCGUGGGGGGUUUGUAGAGGCCAAGCGUCGUCCAGACCUUCGAUUCCUAAUUCCACCCUACGCUAUUUCCAGUCCAACGCGAAUAAUUUGUCGACUACUGCGACCAGAUCGGGUAUCUCGGCUUCCUCAUCUGAACGACGGCGAUGCAAUAAUUGAAAUGUCACCCAGCAGUGUACGUUUCGACGGUCCCAUCCUUCUCGAGGUCCCGCAUUUUGCUUCCAUCCAGGGCCGUGACCGAGAAGUCGUUACACUGAGGUGUGAUCAUGGGGAUUCGUGGAAGGCCCAUUCCCUUGAAGCCACCGAUCAGUCAGUGCAAGAUGCAUUAGGGACUGCAUUUGGUCAAAUUGAGCCGUUAACAUCGAUCCGGGAGCGCAGGAUUCAGCGCAUUCUGAUGGUGGAUGUGCCACGUUUCUUCGCUCUUAUCUCGCGUUUCCGCCAGGAAAUCGCUCUAAUCGGCCCAGACGGAGGCGUGCUGACAUCUACGGUCUCUUCGAAGGUGCAGACCGUCUUUCCCAAGGGCGCCUUGCAAAAGCGCAUCAAAGUCCAAGUGAUACAGCCUUAUGUAGUGAAGAAAAUGGUGGGUAACAGAGCCACCUUCUCGCCAGUGGUCACAUUGGAACCGCGACGGCGCAAGUUCCACAAGCCAAUAACAGUAACCAUCCCAUUGCCACGGCAAUCGCUUAAGGCAGUACAUAAAUCAGAUCCUCUCCCACCAAGCCUUCAUCUGCUUUGCUCCAUCACCGCGGGCUGCGCACCGGCCACCUGGGAAGACAUAACGGGCUCCACCACAAUGACUCGCCAUAAGGACUGCAUCUCUUUUACUACUACUGUUUCUGCCAGACUGUGGCUCGUGGACGCACAAGGUGUUGAGAAUGUGGCGCAGGUGGCCAGCCGAGUCUAUCAAGAGAGCAUACUUCCCCCUUAUAUAGGAAGGUUUGCUGUCUACGCCCGACUACCCAAAGAUCGCCAAGCAAUUGAAGCUAACGAAGCAGCAGCUACUGCUAUCCCAUCAGCAGCUUCGGCCGAUACCAUCUCGGCAACCACUUUAUCGAGUUCGCGCUUUCGACGAAAAGUCUUCCAUCCUGCGGACGCAGAGCUCCGCUGCGUUUGCCUUAUUGAUGACUUGCCUGAAAAAACGUUGGAACAGCAGGAGAAAUUUCAACUCGUUGCUGUUGGGCCUCCAACUGAAGUAACAGAUUCAAAAAUUUACUGGCUGGAGACAGUAGGAGACAUCUUCUCAUACCCAGCACAUGCAGGUCAGCUAUGUUUGGACGUUCAGGCCUUCCAGGAGAACCGUUUGACCUAUCCGGUUCGGGUUCGUCAGCCCGCGGGUACAAAGACACCCCCGAUUGGCCACUUUCGGGUCUACCGCGAGCCAGGGGAGGCUGGGGGUACCGGGACAGGCACUGACGGAGAACAACCUAUUACUGUUCUUGAAAUCCGCAUGCCUGGUGAUGCUCUUGAAGACCAAUGGCUCGGCACUUUAGCUUCGGAAGAGCUGUCUAUGAAGGCGAUGAGCCCUGAUUUGAACAUAUGGGAAAUCGCUGUGCAUACGGGUGCACGAUGGCCACAGUUGGCGAAGGAAUUGGGUCUCUCGCCGGAUGACAUCAAAAUGGUAGAGCAGGAAUUGCUGGCGGGAGCACAGACCGGUCCAGAUGCAGAUUGUGAGCGCUGUCAGCACAUGCUUGGACUCUGGAUGCAGCGCUCUGCCGCUACGGGCACGCCUCCUCCAGAGAAUUUGGGCACUGACGGAGAACAGCCUAUUACUCUUCUUAUAAUCCGCGUGCCUGGUGAUGCCGUUGAAAACCAAUGGCUCGCUUCUUGUAUGAGAGAGGCACUGGAGAGGCUGAAUAUCCACGGGAUCGAUACGGUGGUAGAGUUCGACGUCCAGCCGAUCGCGUCGCGCGUGCACCACAUAGACGAAGGGAUGACCUCUUCCAAGACACCCUCCUUAAUGCAUCCAGUUCAAAUAAUUAGUGCCUCCGUUCCCCAGCACACACCUCCAUCACUGCCGUUCGCCGUCUCCGAUCACGUCGUCACUGCCGCUAGCGCAAUUGAUGGAGCUGUUGCAUAUCCCGGAAUGGAAUCCACAAUUCAACCUACGAUGGACCAGACUCCGCCCCCGACUACUGUUGAUGGAACUCCUCGAACGGUGCCCAUUGAGGAAGUACCUUACAUUGUGACCUCUAUCAAAAGCGCGAGUCUUGAGAGGCCGCCAGUGAUGGCCGUGUCAAUGCUUCCAUCGAAGGAUGACUUUGAAUUGCCAACCGAUGAAAUAAAGCCGGUUUCGGAUGAGUCCAUUGUGGCCUCGGAGAAUCUUGCUCGGAAGAAUCUCCUGCCUCCUGAGGAAGUGAUCGUCCACGCUGACUCAGUGGCCCGACAAAUAGCUGCUGAGGAACUUGUCGAGGCUCUAGGCCUUGACUCCGAUGUUCGCAUGACAUCAGUUAUCUCACAGUCUGCCGAUCAUGAAGAUCUCUUGGUUACGGAGGCUAUGAUUGAGCCCGUAAAGAGCAAAAUGAAACAACAGUUCAGUCCAUUAAUGUCUCGAGCAGCAGGUGCGGCUAGCCAGGUCGAAACUCCCAUCGUUGGAUCAAUUGAUGCCCUACACAUUGAAUCUGGAAUAAGCCUCAUUGAAAAUUUCUUCGAACUUUACCAACGAAUACUGCCACCAAGUAAAAGUGAGGUGUGCAAUCAAGUUUCAGAUGAUGAAUUGCGAGUUCCAUCGAUGGAACAACUGGAUAAUGCUGACGAGGAUUUCGAAGCAGUAUACAGAGCAGCUGCAGCCGAGGGAACACCGUCUCCCACAGGUCUUGCUGGUCACGAUGUCCACCAAGGUCGUCCAGAGGAGGGCUAUCUCGUAGAGGAGACGGAGGAAUUGCUGCCAGACGGAACAGUUGUCAAACAAAGAGUUCAGACCGCCGAAACUAUCCAGACCCUGUCGGCGCACGAUUGGGAAGAAGCUAGCUUCAACGCAGCUGGUGCUAGUGACAGCAACAAAUGCAUUAUUGAACCACCAAAAGAAGUUGUCAAGGUGGAGGAAAUUGAAGAAACUUUGCCGGACGGGACACUGGUAAAGAAACGAAUUACUACUCAGCAUAUAACUGAGCGAAUCACAGAGCGUGAAGUGACAAACGAGGUUUCGGAAAACAAAAUCCUACCCAAUGAGGCAGACAGAGGAGUUGUGGAGUGUGAGUAUUACUUUACUAAAAUUGUAUUGCAUCUCAAGCUUAGUUCCAUAACUUAA